GAAUCCCCCGAAAGUUGAACAACCACAUUUUUAAUGAGGUAAUUUUGUUAAAAUGGCGGACGACGGAGUAUCCGAGGAGGCACAGCUGGUCGAAAAUGACACGGACAGUUCAGGAUCAGAUACUGACAGUGAAACGUCCCCCCAGGAAGCAUCAGGAGGUGCCGCCAUGUUCUCCUCCAAGGCCGGGCUGCUUCUAACGUUCAUCAGCGCGGUGGGCGGCGGGAGUCUAUGGAGGUUCCCCCGCAUACUGGCAAACAACUGCGGAGAGCAAGGAUGUCUGCAGUUCCUGCUGGUCUGGUUGGUGUUCCUGUUCCUCUGGUCCAUCCCACUCAUCAUCAUCGAGGUCUCCAUUGGUCGGUUCACCAGGAGAGCUCCACCAAUGGCGUUCCAGGGUCUUCUGGGGGUAAAGUCGACAUGGCUUGGGGGUUGGAUGGCUGGUCUUAACUUUCUCAUUACCUGUUACUUCGGAGUGAUUGUCGGAUGGUCGGUGUUCUACACCAUCGCGUGCGUCUUCUACCCACUUCCGACAACCUACGAUAAGAGUAUCAUGGCGUGGCAACAGUUCGAACAGGAGAGCCACUGGCCUCUUGUCCUCCAAUUCGUCAUCACCGUGGCCUGUGCUGCAGCUAACUGGCGGGGGGUGGGGAGUAUCGAGCUGGCCAUGACCGCCAUGACACCCCUGCUGCUCGUCCUGCUGCUGACCGCUCUCAUCUGGGCUCUGACUCUCAACAACGCCGGGGUCGGGCUGAGCUUCUUCUGUACGCCUGACUGGGGCUUGUUAAGCAGCCCUAAGCUCUGGAUCGAAGCCUUGUCGCAGGUUGCUUGGGACACAGGCGCAGCUUUCGGCAUUUUCCUCGUCUUAGGAACCAGCAUGACCCGUAAGAUGGGGCCUGUGAAGAACGUGAUAUGGACAACUGCCACCAACGGCACGGUCAGUCUGACAGUUGGAGUCACAGUGUUCUGUACAGUCUUCUCAACCUUCACAAAAGUCAACCCUGACGGCACGCAGGCUGACAUUGUCGAACUACUCAGGACCAAUGGACCAGCCAACACCGGACUUACCUUUAUCUGGCUGCCAAUCCUAUUCUCCACCAUGACAGGUGGCCGCGUGAUGGCGUCACUGUUCUUCCUGGCUGUUGUCAUAGCAACCUUUGGCAACUUCAUCACCCUCAUGAAUACCUCUGUACAGGCCAUGGUCGACUGGGGAGUGAAAAGAGGCGUUGCAGUAGGGGUCAUCGCAACACUGACUUUCCUUUUGGGGAUUCCGAGCGCCGUAAACAUAAACGUUCUCGUUAAUCAGGACUUCGUUUGGAGCGCUGGACUGAUCUUCUCCGGACUCUCCAUGAUUUACCUCCUCUGGAGAUAUGGCGCCAAGAACUUCCGUUUGAACAUGCUCAAUCAGGCAGAAGAUGGAAGUGACUGGAAAUUACCCAGCGUUUUCGACUAUCUGACAAAGUACGUCCUCCUACUGAACGGCCUGGUACUGCUGGUGUGGUGGGUGGUACAGACCGUCCGGUCCGCCGAUGUGCCGUGGUACCAGCUGGGGAACCAGUCCCUGAUGACCGCCAUUCUGGAGUGGACCGCACUGGUCAUCCUUUUGGUGGGACUCAAUGUACUCUUCGUAAAGUACCGGACAUCAGUAUCCCGGCAUUGGUCAUCGCUUAUAUCCCUGCAGAGCAACUUACCCGGUUUAAAGUGUUGUACAUGUAACAGUAACUGUAACAACACUGUAGAAGAGCAGGAGCUUGACAAUUUAGAAUAUGAAAAGUUAAAACUAUUAGAAGAAAGCAAUUGCGUUGGAAUAUAGACAAAUAACUUAUUAGCUUUUAAUUUUAUAAUGUAAGUCUUUGUUUUCAUUUUCGAAAGUUUCCUUUUUUAUAUCAGUAUGCAUUUAUUCGUCAGUUAUUUGUAGUUUAUGGCUAUGUAUGUCAAAACAAUAACUUGUGUUUAUCAUCGGAUUAUCUAAGAUGUUUACAAUUAUGUUAUUAGUUACAGUUAUAUUAUUUAUUAAAUACAAUUAUAUAUGUGUUGUGAAAUUGAUAGUAUUGCAAUUCAAAUUGUAACAUUAUUCAAGAAGGGACAGAUUCCAUACUUCACCAAGUUUCAAAUCUUUUCUUUGGAUUAUUAUUUCAUAUUGUUAUUAUUUACCAUUAUGUUUACAUAAUGUUUAUGUUUAUGUGUCUUCGAUGACGAGUUAUUCAUUAUUAACUGUGGUGAUUGUUAUUCAAAUACUAAUUUUGAAAGAUCCAUGUUAGGUAAUUGCUGUACGAAUUCUACAGACUAUGUGUGUUUUUUUCAAGAUCAUCUAACUUUCCCGAUGCAGUUUGGAGAUCGCUAUGUACUAGUAUUACGUAACUUGAAUUUCUGAAAGAUAUAUGGCUGUGAUUACAACAUUUGCGCGCGGAUGUCGGCCAUAAAAUCAAGUUAAUGUGGCCUAGUAAUAUGAUUUAAUUCUAAUUUCAAUUUAUUGAGAUCGCAUGCGCAGACA